CCUCCCCAACUAUCAAUUUACUUGCAAAAAACCAUCCAACCUCAUAUUUUGGUGGUAAAACCCUCCAAAGUGUACUUCCGUUUACAUUUUUAAGGUACCGUCAGUCUGACCUCGUUAAGCCCUAAUUUUGCCCACGUGGCAAUGACAGGUCAGUUAAAAAUUAUCCUAUGUGGCAUAUUUAAAAAAAAAAUAUUAAAGUAAGUAAUUAACAUAAAAAUAAAAACUUUAAAAUAUAAACAAAACCCUAAAAUUUACAAUAGAGACUGGAAAUUAAAAUCUACACAGAAAAGAAAGAAGGAGACGAAGAAGAAGAGAAAGAGCAGAGAAAAAGAAGAGAAAGAGGUGAAGAAGAAGAAGAGAAAGAGAAGACGAAGAAGAAGAGAUAGAGGGGAAGGAGACGAAGUUCAGCAGAAGAAGGGAAGAACGAAGAACAAGAAAGAAAAUGACUGUAAAAUGUCGUUGUCGUCCUCCGAAGAGAUCUAUGAUUUUCACCUCUUGGACUGAUGCAAAUCCAGGUAGAAGAUUCAUGAGAUGUCCUCUGUACAAUCAAGUUGGUGGGUGUAAAUUUUGGGAGUGGUAUGACCCUCCGAUGUGUGAGCGUGCUGCAGUAGUCAUACCAGGCUUGCUGAGAAAAAUAGGGAAGUUGGAAGAUGAACUUUCAUCUAUGACGUCGAAAAUUGCUGAACUUUCAUCUAUGUCGAAAAUUAAUGAACACUCAUCUAUGUUGAAAUUUGACGAAGAUCCUGAUUUAACAAACAUGGAUGAGGGCUACAAUGAAAGCUUUGAUGACAGCAGCCCAAGUAUUCUUGUUCCUGAAAAUAAAAGCAGUCAAACUUUUAGAUUUGUAUUAAUUUGUAUUGUAGUUAUUUUUGCUUUCCUGUGGUUAAAAUCAUAAAAUUAUGUAAGGUGGUGUUUAGUUUACCGAAAUGUAAUUGUAAUGGUAAUAGGAAUAGUAAUGGAAUGUAAAAGUAAUAGUAAUGGGAAUACUAUUACCAUGUUUGGUUUAUUUUGUAAUUAGAAUUGAACUUAUAAAACUUUGAUUCAGCUAUGGUUUAUUUUGUAAUUAUAAUUGAAUUGAGAAAACUUUGAUUAUAUGAUGGUUUAUUUUGUAACAGAAAUAGUAAUAGGAAUAUUAUUACGAUGUUUGGUUUAUUUUGUAGCUAGAAUUGAAUUGACAAAAUUUUGAUUCCAUUAUGGUUUAUUUUGUAAUUAGAAUAAAAUUGACAAAAUUUUGAUUCCAUUAUGGUUUAUUUUGUAAUUAGAAUAAAAUUGACAAAAUUUUGAUUCCAUUACGAUCUUGAUUCCAAUCAAUCAAAAAAACAAAUUCAAAUGUAAUAAAAUAAAGGCAAAAGUUCGCUCUAAUUUUUU